AACGAGGCACUUCCACAGUGCAUCGCGGUCUGACAUCAUACCUCGCAAAAUGGCGACGUCCCUCGGCUCCAACACCUACAAUAGACAGAACUGGGAAGACGCGGAUUUCCCAAUUCUCUGUCAGACAUGUUUAGGAGAAAACCCUUACAUUCGAAUGACCAAAGAGAAAUAUGGAAAAGAAUGCAAGAUCUGUGCUCGACCCUUUACCGUGUUCCGCUGGUGUCCAGGGACACGUAUGCGUUUCAAGAAGACUGAAGUCUGUCAGACUUGCAGUAAAAUGAAGAAUGUUUGUCAGACAUGCCUGCUGGAUCUGGAGUAUGGUUUACCCAUCCAGGUUCGAGACACUGGCCUCGCCAUUAAAGAUGACAUUCCUCGCUCCGAUGUGAACAAAGAAUACUUUACACAGAACAUGGAGAGAGAGUUAGCCAAUUCGGAUGGCACACGGCCAGGCGGUCAAGUCGGCAAAGCAACCAGCUCUAGUGACAUGUUGCUGAAACUCGCCCGCACAACACCGUACUACAAGAGGAACCGUCCGCACAUCUGCUCCUUCUGGGUUAAGGGCGAGUGUAGGAGAGGAGAAGAGUGUCCCUACAGGCAUGAGAAGCCCACCGAUCCCGAUGACCCGCUCGCUGACCAGAACAUCAAGGAUCGUUAUUAUGGCAUUAAUGAUCCAGUUGCUGACAAGCUGCUGAAGCGGGCCUCAACCAUGCCCAGGCUGGACCCCCCAGACGACAAGUCCAUCACCACGCUCUACAUCGGCGGUCUUGGUGAAACAGUCACAGAUGGAGAUCUCAAGGGCUACUUCUACCAGUUUGGUGAGAUUCGUACCAUCACAAUUGUACAAAGACAGCAGUGCGCCUUCAUCCAGUUUGCCACACGUCAAGCUGCUGAAAUGGCUGCAGAAAAGUCAUUCAACAAGCUUAUCGUUAAUGGUCAGAGACUCACGGUCAAGUGGGGAAGAUCUCAGGCAGCAAGAGGAAAGGAGGGCGAAGGACUUACUGAGAUGGGUACCAGACUUGAUCCUGUGCCAGGACUACCGGGAGCAUUACCUCCACCACCACCUCUUGAUGAAGAAGCUCCAGCAAAUUAUUUCAACCUGGACCCGAGCACCUCUCCAGCUGUCAUGAACCUCACUCUGCCACCACCCCCAGGCCUCAACCCCCCUCCUCCAGGUUUUGGCCCGCCAAUGUUUCACCCCAUGGGUCCCAUGGCUCCACCAAUGCCCCCACCCAUCGGCAUGAGACCUCCAGGUCAAAUCCACUACCCUUCCCAGGAUCCCCAGCGGAUGGGUGCCCAUGCUGCACACGGCGCACGCCACGGCGAUUAGCGUCAAGGCUCAAACUCUACUCUGAUUGGUUGUUUUUCCUCCCUUUUGUCACACCUGGCGCCAUGCUGCCCGUGGGCCUGGAACCUGCUGUGGACUGAAUGGAAUUUCAAAAUUCAUCAUGCAGGAUAUUAUGAGGUUUAUUUUGCAUCCGCGGUGCAGCACACAACUGAAUUAGUGCAGUUUGCCUUUUUUUUUUUUUUUUAACAAUGAUUAUACUCCACUGUGUAAUGACUUAGUUUAUUGAUCGGCUGGCUUUCUUUGAAAAUUUCUUUCACCUAUUAAAAAUAUUAAUUUCA